AUGGAGGCUCAGCAGUUCAUAGCAGCGACGCCACCAGUGCCCAAGCAGCUCGCCCCUCAGCAUCCGAAAUAUGCGGUACCUCCAGCGACGCCAGCUCAGCAGCAGGCCUAUCGCAAGGACACGCAGGCUCAGGUGGGGGCACUGUCAACGCUCAUCUUGGCCACACGCCGCAGCGGCGCGGAGGAUGCGGAUCCGGUCGAGGAGCUGAGUGCCAUCAAGCACGCGGGGGCGAGCUUGGAGCCGAUCGGAACAUGGAUCUCUUCGACCAGCAUCGACCUCGAGAAUGCCAAACUGGAGAUUGCCGGGCUGGAGCGCAAAAUCGAGGAGGCCAGCUCCGAGCGGGAAGUUUUUCUUCACGCCCAGCAGGGCCUGGAGGAUACCCUCUCGGAACUGAUGGACCAGGAGAAGGCAGAGCAGGCGCGGCGGGGGGCGGAAGCAGCGGCACAGGGAAUCACAGCCCCUCCCCCGCCGAGACCGCCAGCAGCAGCAGCGCCAGGCCCUGCAGCGUCACCAUCAGGUCCUGUGCGGAUGACCUUUCCGCCGCGAGCGCCCACGCCGCCGCCGCCGCCGUUCCUGCCCCCGUUUCAGGCGAACCCGAUCAGCGCGACGGGCAUGCAGACCAGCAGACCACGCUCGCGUUCCGCUCGCGUUCUUGAUGAAUCAUCAUCUCCAGGCCACCAAGGGCCAGGGCAAGGGAGUCGACCCGAACAUGGCUUGGCUUGCAAGUUCCCUUCAGGCCCCUCAGCUUCCACAUCGGCCCAGCCCGAGCCCGAAGAGGGGGGGGGUGCGCGACCGCGGAGGAGCCAAAACCGAAGUUGCAGGCAUCGGACGCAGCGAAGAAGAGCAACGAGGACGCCAUGGCGGACGCACGCUCCAGUGGCUCGAUCCCAGGCCUGUCACAGCCACCGACACCAAUAUGAGGCACUCUGA